AAUCACAUAAACUGAUAAACUGCCACCCUUGCCUUUAUCCUCUUUCUUUCUGUCCAAAUGUUCCUCAUGGAGUCUCUUUCCAUGGUCGUCUCAUCUUGUCCACUCAAAACCCAGAAAACAUGCAGCUCUAAGCCCAUUUCCACUUGCCAUUUUUUGGCUUCUCAUAAACCUCAUUUCCCCACCAACAAAACCCCUCUCCAAAACCAUCCUUUGCUUCUCCAAACCUCUCAUUUGGCUCCCCUGUUUCAAAAUCUAACAAAAACCCAACUCUCUCUCACUCUAAUCAACCUCCUUACUCCUCUUCCUUGCUUUGCUUCUGAACCUGUUGUCUCUGACAAAAUUAACCUGGAGUCAGUGUUACUUGCGAUUGAUGAUUUUUUUAACAGGAACCCAUUUUUUGUUGCUGGGUGUACUUUUAUUUGGCUGAUUGUCAUACCUCUAACUGACGAGUUUUUCUUAAGAAAAUACAGGUUCAUUUCUGCCAUUGAUGCAUUUAGAAAACUCAGGGACGACCCCAAUGUUCAGCUCUUGGAUAUUAGGGACAAUAAGACUGUGAAGUAUUUGAGGUCUCCAAAUUUGAAGAUACUGAACAAGGGUGUGGUCCAAGUUCAGUAUUCUGAGGGAGAUGAAGAUGGGUUUGUGAAGAAGGUCUUGCAAAGUUUUGGGGAUGUGUCAAGUACUGUGGUCUGUGUUCUGGACAAUUUUGAUGGAAAUUCCAUUAAAGUGGCUGAGUUAUUGUUCAAGAAUGGUUUCAAAGAGGCCUACGCAAUCAGAGGUGGGGUCAGAGGCGACAAAGGGUGGUUGGCAAUACAGGACUCUCUUUUGCCUCCUUCGGUGCAUAUCUAUCCCAAGAAGAAAGUUAAAACUUCUCAACAACUUAGGAUGAAUGGAGUUAUUCAGCAAACCAAAGAUGAAAAUGGUUCUGCCUCUUCUGCUAAUAUCCCUAUAGAAGACAAAUGGAUAAAUGAUGGUCAUCUGAACAAGACAACAGAAUCCCAAUAGUAAUAUAUGUCCAUCUUCACUUUCUCUCUCGGUUGUGUGUUUGUGUAAUAUGUUUUAUAUUAACACAAUAAGUUAAAUAUAGAGCUAUUGAUAAUUGUAAAUGCAAGCUUGAACCUUUCAUGUCUAAAUACCACCACGUUCCAUGGUGUGCAGCUGAAUGUAAAUUUUAGCACAAGACAUUUUUCAAAGUCG